GGGGGUGGAGAGGACGUGCUCCCCAGGACCUUGGACGCGUGGCCAGAGCGGGCGGGGGAGGGGACCGCAGUCCGUCAGCUCGGGAGGGAGGCCGGGAAUGCCGCGCCCGACCCCAGUAACGGUCGGGGUUGAGAGAAGCCCUGUAAUCAUCCUUCAACUCAUACCCUUGUUUUAACAGAAAACCCAGGCCCAAGAAAUUGAGUCCUUCCCCUAAAGUUACAAAGCUGAAUUCGACCCAGACAGACCCCAGGACUCCCCUCUCUGUGCACCACCCGGAAGCUUCUCCACUGUCCUUGACUUCCCAUUCUGUCCUCCUGGCUUCCCAGUAAGAUAUGGUUGGAGGAGUGUUACGGCUUGCCUAUGAUGUAUGAGGCCCUAGUUUCCAUUCCUAUCGCCAAGAAAGAGAAGAGACUGGUCCAGAGGACUCGAGGCCCAGUUCUGUAUGUCCAUGGACCUGUCCCCUAGUGCCCAGGGAUGGAAUGGUUAUGAGAAGGUGCAAGAGGAAGCUUCAUUUUAGGUGACCCUGCCUGCCCUCCGGCACUGAGGAGCAAAUCCAGGUGCCUAUGUAUGGCUAGCCUACAGCCUCAGGACCACCUUUGACUACCAUCAACCAAAUAUGCAUGCCUGGGAUGGCCCUGGCUCCCUAUCCCGGGCCCUGCCCCUUGCUUCCUCGGUCCUGAUGCUGCUGCUGAGCUGCCUGUGGCUACUGGGGGCUGGCCCCAGCCUCAGAUUGGCUCCAGAGCUGCUAAUGGAACCCUGGCAGGUGCACCGGCUACUGACCCAUGCUCUGGGCCACACUGCAUUGCCGGGCCUGCUCCUGAGCCUGCUGCUCCUGCCCACUCUGGGCUGGUGGCAGGAGUGCCACUUGGGCACUCUGCGCUUCCUGCACAACUCUACCGUGCUUGCCCUGGCUACUGGGCUGCUGGCUGUGCUGCUGGCAGGCCUUGGGGUGUCCGGUGCAGCUGGAAGCUGUGGCUAUAUGCCUGUCCAUCUAGCCAUGCUAGCGGGACAGAGUCACUACCCUGGAUGGCCUCAGAGGACACUACCACCAUGGCUACUACCAUGGCUGCUGCUGGCCCUGACCCUGCUGCUCACCUCUGAGCCACCCUUCCUGCAGCUCCUUUGUGGCCUUCUUGCUGGCCUAGCCUAUGCUGCUGGGGCCUUCCGGUGCCUGGAGCUCUCGGAGUGGAGACUGCAGGUGUUACAGGAAGGUUUUCUUUGCAAGACUCUGGCCCAGUGCUGGCCACUGAGACUCCUUCCCACCCCAGGCAGUCUGGGUGAUCUGCCUGUCACUUAUCCUGUUGGAGUGAGGCCUGCCUCCCCUAGACCUCCUUACCUGGCUUCCUCAGACUCCUGGCCUCACAGUGAUGGCUCUGCUCAGCUCCCACCAGGCCUGGAGCCUGGACAGCUAAUGUGGAAGACCUCAGAGAGGCACUUGGACUGGGCUGGGCCCAGCUUUGCUUCAGCAACACCAAUGUGGGCAGCCCUAGAUGAGCAGAUGCUACAGGAAGGGAUCCAGGCCUCACUUCUUGAUGCAUCAGUUCAGGGUUCCCAGAGCUCUCUGUGGUUGCCAAAGCCCUCUGUGUCUUCUCUAAGGCUGCAGCAGCUACAACACAUGGGAUUCCCCACUGAUCAAGCUGCAGUGGCCUUGGCAGCUACAGGGCGUGUAGAGGGGGCAGUGUCACUGCUGGUGGAAGGGCUAGUGGACACUGAGGCCCUGGUGACUGAGGGGAGGAGUGGUCCUGCCCACUGCACGGGCACUGGGACCACAUAGUCCAAAAAAAGAGUAGGCCUGGCCUGAGUCCUUACCUUGUCUGCUGAGGGCUUGGUGGGGUCUUGACCGCAUCCCUGGGGCAGCACUAGGCCCCAACAUGUUUCCCUGGUACUUUCUAAGAAUAAAGCUGAUUUGCCUUUCAAA